AUCAAAACUAAACCCAUGCUUCUCAGGAACGCGGAAAUCAUUGCAUUUGGGGUGGAUUCAACAACUGAAGUCUGCAGCACCAGGCACAGGUCCGAGCUGGGGGGCAGACAUGAGCGCUACGGUGCGCCAGAUCGGCGUGUCGUCGGACCCAGGCAAGCCCUACUUCCUGCGGGUGGACUGGGCCGCUGACCUGGGCGCCGGGUUCACUGUUGUCCUCAGUGACUGCGGCUCUGCCUGGAUGGGAGAAGUGUCGGAGGAGGAGUUGACGAGGGAGGCGAGGAGCGUGGGUGUGGAGAGAGAGGCGUACGUCGAGGACCUCAAUCGGGCCUUGACGGGAAAAGGAGGAAGACGAGGCGGGUGCGAAGGAGGCAGGGAGGCUUCCGGAACAGAGGUGUAUUCCUUCCGCCUCUCGGCAGACCGCUGUCGUCUGUCGUACGACAAGAGCCUCCGGGGCGUCCAGAUGAGUAUGGGUUCGGUGGAGCUACUUCCUGCUCUAGAUCACGUGGAGAUGACCAGGGAUCUGAUUGGUCACAGUGUGAAGCGCUGCUCUCAGCUGCAGUUGGAGAACAAACAGCUUCUGGAGCAGAACCACACCCUCAGACACAACCACCAGCAUCUCCUCGCACAACUGGAGCAGUGUGUCGAGGAGAAGGUCGGCAUGGAGUCCGACCUGUACUCUCGUUUUGCCCUGGUGCUGCACGAGAAGAAGGCUCGGAUCCGCGGCCUGCAGGACUCCCUCAGACAGCUGCAGCAGAGCAGUCUGGACCGGGAGGACGAGGGGGAGGGGGAGGACGAG